UCAACUGUCAUAUCUGAAUUGAAACCACGGCCUGGUUUGGCUGGCUCGUGUUUGUGUCUUGUUUGCCAAGGAAACCUAAGAAACGAACCCAACGCAUUUGCUGAACUCAAUACAAAUAUAAAAUCGACAACCAGAUCAACAAAAUCCGUUUUAUAUGACCACAAAAUAUCUCGCGCCCAAACACUCCCUAUUUAUCAUUAUCCUUUCUCAACUCCCAAAAAAAAAAAAAAAUCACUAACGCUAUUUACUAGAUUGUAUCUGAACUUAAGUCUCUGUUUGUUUUUUUUUUUUUUAAUCUUUUUUUAUAUAAUAAUAUUGUGAUUUUUCUUCCUUAAGUCAUCAAAAUUAUGAUAUUGUCUAAGCUACGCCGUUCGUAUUCCCGGUCUUCUCAUUCAAGAAAUUUGUUGUAUCGUGGCGGAGGAGGUGGCUGCACAGGCGGAAGGUCGCCCGGCUUGCCGCGUUUGAGCGGGAACGUAAAUCGACUAAUCGGGGAAUUAGGGUUUUUGAGGGGAUAUUUAGCUUCAAUUGGAGCUGGAAAGGAGUUUACUUCAAAGACUUAUUUGUCAGAUUUAAGUUUCGUUCUUGCUAACCCUAAAAUCCGUCGCUUUUUCUCAAGUGAAGCCCCAAAGAAGAAGAAUUAUGAGAACUUUCACCCUAAGGAAAAGAAGGAAACUCCAAACCAAAAUGACCAAAAAUCUGACUCCAAAGAGGAUUCCAACACAGAUGACAGAUGGAAUUUUCAGGAAACUUUCCUGAAGUUUUUUCAAAAUUUGAUCAGCCCUUUGUUAUUUCUUGCACUGUUUCUUUCUCUCUCUCCUUGGAUUGUUGAGCAGCAAGAAAUUAGUUUCCAAGAGUUCAAAAACAAGCUUCUGGAACCAGGUUUUGUUGACCAUAUAGUUGUUUCUCGUAAGUCAGUUGCAAAAGUGUAUGUGAGAAGCACACCACAAAAUCAAACAAGUGAUGAUGUUAUUCAAGGGCCUGCUAAUGCUGCUUCUGUCAGAGGACAUGGAGGCCAAUACAAAUACUUCUUCACUAUUGGAAGUGUUGAGUCUUUUGAGGAGAAGUUGGAAGAAGCCCAAGAAGCUUUGGGGAUUGAUCCGCAUGAUUAUGUUCCUGUGACAUAUGUCUCUGAUAUGAUGUGGUAUCAGGAGUUGAUGAGGUUUGCACCAACAUUAUUACUUAUUGGAACCCUCGUAUAUAUGGGGCGAAGAAUGCAAGGUGGAUUGGGUGUUGGCGGCAGCGGUGGUAAGGGUGCUCGUGGAAUUUUCAACAUAGGGAAAGCCCAUGUAACCAAAGUGGAUAAAAAUUCCAAGAAUAAGGUCUAUUUCAAAGAUGUCGCUGGCUGUGAUGAGGCAAAACAAGAGAUCAUGGAGUUUGUGCACUUUCUUAAGCAUCCAAAGAAAUAUGAAGAACUAGGAGCUAAAAUUCCAAAAGGUGCUCUUUUGGUGGGGCCUCCUGGUACAGGAAAGACCCUCCUAGCAAAAGCAACUGCUGGCGAGUCCGGUGUACCUUUUCUAUCAAUAUCAGGUUCUGAUUUUAUGGAGAUGUUUGUUGGUGUUGGACCAUCCAGGGUGAGGAACUUGUUCCAAGAAGCAAGGCAGUGCGCUCCUAGUAUAAUUUUUAUUGAUGAAAUUGAUGCGAUUGGUCGAGCAAGAGGCCGUGGAGGCUUCUCAGGUUCUAAUGAUGAGCGUGAAAGUACGCUUAAUCAAUUGCUAGUAGAAAUGGAUGGCUUUGGAACCACUUCUGGUGUAGUUGUACUUGCUGGUACUAAUAGACCUGAUAUUUUAGACAAAGCUCUAUUGAGGCCAGGGCGAUUUGAUCGUCAGAUUGCAAUAGAUAAACCUGAUAUUAAAGGUCGUGAACAGAUAUUUCAGAUCUACUUGAGAAAGAUAAAGCUUGAUAAUGAGCCAUCCUAUUACUCUCAAAGACUUGCAGCUCUCACUCCUGGGUUUGCUGGAGCAGACAUUGCAAAUGUUUGUAAUGAAGCUGCUCUAAUUGCUGCAAGGAAUGAAGGGACACAGGUCACAAUGGAACAUUUUGAGGCUGCUAUAGACAGGAUCAUUGGUGGUCUGGAGAAGAAGAACAGGGUUAUAAGUAAACUUGAACGGAAGACUGUUGCUUAUCAUGAAUCAGGUCAUGCUGUUGCAGGCUGGUUCUUGGAACAUGCUGAACCCCUCUUGAAAGUGACAAUUGUUCCUCGUGGUACAGCAGCGCUUGGUUUUGCCCAGUAUGUUCCAAAUGAAAAUUUUCUCUUGACAAAGGAGCAGCUUUUUGAUAUGACGUGCAUGACCCUUGGUGGUCGAGCAGCUGAACAGGUUUUAUUGGGAAAGAUAUCAACAGGAGCGCAAAAUGACUUAGAAAAGGUGACUAAGAUGACCUAUGCCCAGGUGGCAGUUUAUGGUUUUAGUGACAAGGUAGGUCUCCUCUCCUUCCCUCAAAGGGAUGACGGAUUUGAGAUGUCCAAGCCCUAUAGCAAUAAGACGGGGGCUAUCAUAGAUGUUGAAGUGCGAGAGUGGGUAGCCAAGGCAUACGAAAAGACUGUGCAACUUAUAGAGGAACAUAAAGAACAGGUAGCUGAGAUUGCUGAAUUGUUGCUCGAAAAGGAAGUUCUUCACCAAGAUGAUUUGAUUCGAGUUUUAGGCGAAAGACCAUUUAAAUCAAGCGAACUUACCAACUAUGACAGAUUUAAGCAAGGGUUUCAAGAGGAAGAUAAUAAGGCUGUGCAAACCCCUGAGGGUGGAACUGUGGAAGGUGAUGAUGGAUCCGCACCCCUUGAUCCUCAGGUUGUCCCUACUUGAACUCUGAGGUUGCCAUGAUUGUACAUUGAGUUUAAUAAAUCUUUUAUCGAUUUCCCUUUGCACAAUCCUUUUUCUGCAAUUUCCACUAAUGACAGUCUCUUUGUACAUCAUCUAAGGUGGCAUUACUCUUAUAAUGGAUAGCUUGCGGAAUUGAAAGAUGGAAAAAAAAGUGUCAUUCUUUAUGUUUAUGUUGUAUAUGUUCGUUAGUUGAAACACGUGAUUAAGUAUCUUUCAAAGCGAAAAGUAACUGCAAAGUAACAUAAAUUUACUCAGUGAAUUCGACUGUGAAAAUGCCAACAGGUUUUGCUCGCAAAAUUCAGUAAAA